UCCUCUCACUGUCUCUAGGGCCCCUCUCUUACAACCUAUCUCGGGGCCCCUUCCUGCCUCUCCGUUCCUCCUCCUCUCGGCCUCUGGCAGCAGGGAGGCGCGUUCUCGGUACAGACAUGUGACCGGUCGGGGACGCGCAGGGCCGGGAUGGCGGAGGACCGUUUCGGGCAGUGACGCUCUGUCCUCCGCUGCUCGUUGCUCCGGUUCCCGUAAACCUUCUCCCCGUACACAAAGCGCGGCAUGGGGAACGAGGCCAGCCUGGAGGCCGGGGAAGGUGGAGGGGGAGCCGGCCAGCCUCUUCCCAGCCCCGGGCCCGGAGCUUCAGCACCAAGCCGAGGUGGACAGCUCCCCGGGCCCAGCAGCAGCGCCGCAACCUCCUCUGCAGGAGCCCGGCUUGGAGAAGUCAGUGUUCCUGGAAGGUUGGAGAAUCCAGGACGUUUAGCUGGGCAGCAUGCCACUCAAACGUUUAGACAAACCCCAGAAAGCACAAAAGAAGUGAAAAGCCAUGUCUCCCCAUCCCAGCAGACAUCUGAUGUCUCCAGAAGGACGCUACAGGUGGAAAGCAAAGGUCACCGUGCUGGAAGAUCACCCUCAGCAUCUCCAGACAGAGGCACUACCCCAACCUCACCGUACUCAGUGCCGCAGAUUGCCCCUCUUCCCAGCAGUACGCUUUGCCCUAUAUGCAACACAACAGACCUCACCUCCUCUCCGAAUCAGCCAAACUUUAACACAUGCACCCAGUGUCGCAGCGAAGUGUGCAGCCAGUGUGGUUUUAACCCCAACCCUCAUCUUACAGAGGUGAAGGAGUGGUUGUGCCUAAAUUGCCAGAUGCAGAGGGCACUUGGGAUGGACAUGACCACUGCAACCAGAUCAAAGAGCCAGCAGCAGCUCCACUCUCCCCUUUCUCCUUCACUAUCUCCAGCCAAGCAGAUGAAACCUCCAACUCUAUCACAGUCGCUUCAUCAGCUCCCACUGUCACACUCUCCUCCAGCCGUGCAGCAUCAACCACAGCCGCCACCUACUCAACAGCCCCCUCUGACCCAGCACCACCCACAGCCCCUUCCUCAUAUGCAACAGCAGCAUCGCCCCCAGCAGACACAAGGUCAAGUACAAGAUCAAACGCAAAGCCAUUAUACCCAGAAAGCCCAAUACCAGCCCCAAGUCCAACUGAAACCACAAGCCCAAACUAAAACUGAAAUCCAACCACAACAUAAGCCCCAAGCUCAAUACCAACACCACGCAAAGAGUGGAGCAGAGACAUCUCUUGGGAAGGCGCAGGUGGAGGGCUUAACCAUGUCUCAUCCACAGGGAAAACCUCAACCCACCCAACAAAGAGAACAAAUUAGCCAAGGACAAACAAAACCCACUGCUCCUCUAGAGGCAGUAAGGAACUCCCCCCAACAUUCUCAAGGGAAACCUUCCCCAGCUGAACAAAGGAAAAACCUGGGAGGUUCUCCUGCAAAAACCCCUGCAACUUCAGCCCGUGGUACACAGGACCAGGCCCAGGCUCAGGAAGGGCUGACAGGAAAGCUGUUUGGUUUUGGGGCUUCUCUCCUGAACCAGGCAAGCACAUUGAUAUCUGUCCCUGAACCAACUCCACAAAGUCAGCAGUCCCCAGGUAAAGUGCCUCCAAAAAUAGUUUUUAGUGAUGCAAGCAAGGACUUGGGCACAAAACCACAGGGGUCAGGACCCCCUGCCCCAAGCAGGGCCGAGGCUUUUCCUCCUCACAAACCUGGGAAGAAUGAACAUGUUAAGCCAAAGGAUGUGCCGAAAGUUGUGUGCCCGCUGUGCAAAACAGAACUGAACGUGGGAUCCAGCGACUCCCCAAACUAUAACAGCUGCACCUCAUGUAAGAAGCAAGUGUGCAACCUCUGCGGCUUCAACCCAACACCCCACCUGGUGGAAAAAAAUGAAUGGUUAUGUUUAAACUGCCAAACUCAGCGGUUAUUAGAGGGAAGCUUAGGAGACGCUCCGCCAUCGCCCUUACCCCCAUCCAAACAAGGCUUACCAAGGCAUCAGCCAGGGAUCUCUGCAGCAGCAUCACCCAAACAUGUCCCCGGAGUUUCAGGGUCACCAAGACACCAGCUAGCUCAAAGCCAGACAGCAUCGCCCCAUCACCAGAAAACUGCACCUGUACCCACAGCAUCACCUCAGCAUCACACAGGAGCAGUGAGUCAACAGAAGGGAAGUGCAGGACACCCACCAGGGCACACACAUGACAAGAGAAGUUCUCAACAAAACCACCUCAAGAGUUCAGAACAAGUCAAGAAUGAAGAGAGAACUACUCUGGAAGAUGUGACCCAGCCCAAAGCUCCUGCAGAUUCUCAAAAGUUGUCAAAGCAGAUGGUGCCAAAGGGAAAAACUGCGGGCAGUAAAAAAGAGUCCGGGUCAAAAAAUGGGAAGUCGUCCUCUGAGAUUCAUAAGAUGAGAGACCAAGAGGAUAUAAGCAAGCCUUAUUCGCAUGAUUUGUCACGCAGCCCUCAAAGUCUAAGUGACACGGGAUACUCCUCAGAUGGAAUUUCCAGCUCUCAAAGUGAGAUUGCAGGACUGGUGCAGCAAGAAGAAGAAAAAUUAAAUACAACAGGUAUAUCUCAACGCAGCCCACCAAGCCCCUCCGAGCUUACUAAAUUGGAAAGUUCUGUUAGACCACUGCUGGAAUCAAAAGGUUCUUCCCAAGCUGACAAGUUUCAUGGCUUACGAGAAGAUCAAAAACAAAAGCAGAGGCCAAGGUCACUAUCCAUUACUCCCGAGGCUUUUGAUUCAGAUGAAGAAUUGGAAGAUAUCUUAGAAGAAGAUGAGGAUUCUUUGGAAUGGGGAAAUCAGAGGGAUCAGAAGGAGUGCACCGAGUCAUCAGAUGAUUUUGGAAGCAAACUGCGCCAUGAUUAUGUGGAAGACAGUAGUGAAGGUUUCUCUCCAUUACCAAUAAGACAACAAAAGGGAAACUUCUCAGAUGAAGAGUUUAUGAGAAGACAGCUUUUGGAAAUGAGUGCAGAAGAAGACAAUCUGGAAGAUGACGAUCAACAUUAUAACCAUGUAAAAUACAGCAGUAGUAAAAAAGGACAAAAAACAGACUCAGAGAAAGCCAAAGGUACAUCUGUAUCAAAAAGGUCUCUUGCUUAUAACUCCAGUGAUGUGUAUGAUGACAGUAGAAAAGAUGUAGAUGUAGAGGAGGAAGAGGAUGUAUCUGCAACUCAAGGAGGGCUCAGAAGAUUUAAGACUAUUGAGUUGAAUAGCACAAAUAACUAUAACAGAGACAUUGAUCUUGACCAGGAGGCAGACAUUAGUUUAGAUAGAGAGCCAGAGUUAGAGAUGGAAAGCCUAACUGGGUCACCAGAGGAACGAUCCAGAGGAGAAUACUCUUCCACAUUACCUGCAACAACUCCAAGCUACACAAGCGGAACAUCACCUACAUCAUUGUCAUCACUUGAAGAAGACAGUGAUAGCAGUCCUAGUCGCAGACAGCGUCUAGAAGAGGUCAAGCAACAGAGGAAAGCUCGCCACAGAUCACAUGGUCCUUUACUUCCCACUAUUGAAGAUUCCUCAGAGGAAGAAGAACUGCGGGAAGAAGAAGAACUCUUACGAGAACAGGAAAAAAUGAGAGAAGUGGAACAGCAAAGGAUUAGAAGCACAGCCCGCAAGACAAAAAGAGACAAAGAAGAACUAAGAGCCCAAAGAAGAAGAGAGAGAUCAAAGACACCACCCAGCAAUCUGUCUCCCAUUGAGGAUGCAUCACCCACAGAAGAAAUGAGACAAGCUGCAGAGAUGGAGGAACUGCAUAGAUCUUCUUGUUCUGAGUAUUCCCCUUCUAUUGAUUCAGAAGCAGAAGGUUUUGAAAUGAUUGCUUCUAAAUUGUAUAAAUCAGGGAGUGAAUACAACUUGCCAUCAUUUAUGUCUUUGUACUCUCCCACAGAAAAAACGUCCACCACCUCCACUGGUAAUAAACCUCUAAAAAGUGCUGAGGAGGUUUAUGAAGAAAUGAUGAGAAAGGCUGAACUUUUCCAGAAACAGCAACAAUCACAGCAGAAUAUCACAUAUGGAAACAACUAUCAACAGAUUAACUAUGCUGGCAGCCAGAAUCAGAACAACUAUGAGUACCAAUAUAUUGAUGAUUAUGGCUAUGACAGCAACAGAAGUGCAGGUUCUCAGAAUGACUUCCACAUGGUGUUGACAGCACCUGGAACAGUUUAUGAUGAAAUUUUGCAAACCUCUCAAAAUAUCUCAAGAAUGCAUCAGUCAUCAUCUAUUGACUUACAGGAUGACAAGAAAGUGGAUGCCUAUGCUGAAAAGCAAUUCUUAAAUGCAGAGAAUGCUUACAAUGAGAUGUUGAAACAAGUUAGUGGUCCACUUACCCCUGGUACAAGCCCAACUCAGCUUUCUGCCCCAGUGUCAUUUACUUCUUCUGAAAGCCUCUCUGGACGGGUUAUACCAGAUGUCCGGGUUACACAGCACUUUUCUAAAGAUGGACUUGAUCAGGCAAAACUUCAUAGUUCAUCCUCAGUUCCUAGUUCAAAAGCAAUAUCAUCUGCUUAUCACUACAGCAAAGUUUCUACUGCCUCAACAUCUACAUCAUUCCCCCCUAGUGUGAGUGCUGAGGGAGCGACUACUUCCCACAGAAGCUAUGGACAGUCUAGAGAAAGCAUGGACUAUAGUGCAAAUGAAGAGCAAUAUAACAAUAGAAUGGCUGCAGAACUAAAUGCCUCAAGAGAUAAAGGGCAAAGCAGUGGGGCAAAUUCUGUGUCAUUGACAUCAAAAGUGAUUUCUUUCUUCAAGAGUACAAGUCCCCCCCUUUCUCCCACCUCACCUACACAAAGCCCAACUCAUUCAUCGCCAAGAGUUAACAUAUCUGCUGGAAGCAGGAGUACUGCUGAGUUUUCAUCCCAGACUCAGAACAUCCGUCGGCUGGAUAGCUCUUCCGUACUGACAUCUCCUAUGGUAGCUCAAGGAACACAGACACCAGACCGCACUAGGUCACCUCGUCUGUCUAGACAGCAGUCUUCUCAAGAAACUCCAUUUAUGGUUAUAACACUAGCAUCUGAUACCUCCAUUCAAACUAAACCUAAAAGUGUCAGUUCCUCUACAUCCCCAGUCACAUCACCAACUAGAUUAAACCGUCAGCAAACACUCCAUAGUUACAGUCAAACACCAGUAAGUAGUUUACAGUCUCAGCAAGAACAAAUACAGUCUAGCUACACAAAGCCACACACAGUCAUAGAAAGGUCUCCAGCUUCAGGAAUGCACAUGAUUUCUUCUAAAAGUCAGCCCACAGCUAUGGUAGAUGGUUCCAGCAAUACUUUUAACUGGGGUUCUCUGCCACCAGAAAACAUAUCACUGUGUAGAAUAUCUUCUAUUCCUGGAACAUCACGGGUGGAGCCUGGCCCCAAACCAAGCAGCAGUGCAGUUGAUUUAAGAACAGCUAUGAAAACUGCUCCAGUCAUUUUGACUGAUCAGGGAAUGGAUCUUACGUCAUUAGCAACUGACUCCAGGCGAUAUUCCUUGACAAUGGACCCAUCUCCAGCACGCCAGUCUACUGCUGUCCAGCCCCUAAUCGUGAAUUUGAAUGCCCAAGAACAACCUCAUGCUGUUCUUGGCACAGCAACAACUGUUAGUAUAACAGUUGCUUCCUCCAUGAUUGUGUCACAGCCAAAAAAAAACAUAGUUUAUGGAGAUCCAUAUCAGAAUAGGGUAGAUUUUGGUCAAGGGACAGGAGGUGCAGUGUGCUUAACACAAGCCAAACACGUUGAACAGACAGCUCAGUCUGGGGUAUUGAGAGGAAGUAAUGACAAACCAGAAGAAACAGGAGGCUUGCAGAAAGACAUAUUUGCAAGAUAUAACCUUUCUAGUCAGGUCACGUCUGUGGUUAAACGAGAGAUAGGAUCUCAAUCUGGUAGUGCACAAAACAUUGCUAACAUUAGUGCCAUGCCCAGACAAUUCCAACAGGGCCAAGGCAUAGGUUUUACAGAUGCGUAUAAGGAUGUGCCUGAGUCUAAAGCUCCACAUCCUCCUAUCAAUAUUGCAGGAAGCCAGCCUCACUCCAUGUUGGUACACCUGGAUGAAAAGGUGCCUGGCACUGUUACAAAACUCAUGACAGAAGAACAGGCUCCAAAUGCCCUUGAUCUUACAGGGAUGAAACCUGAAAGCCAAGUAGUGUGCUGUGAUGUAGUCUACAAGUUCCCCUUUGGUGGCAGUUGUGCUGGUGCAUAUAAUUCUUCCAAUGUACCAGACAAAAACACAGGGGAAGCUGCACAGACAGUAAGACAAGGGGUACAGUAUUUUGGACAGAGAGAACAAGAACUUCCUGAAAACUAUCAAUAUAGAGAAUCAAGACCUAUGGGGCCACCACCUCCCCCACCUUCUGCACCUGCCCAGAAUUUUUAUGAUGAGCAGAAAUUCUACCCGUAUAGUCUCCCAGGAAGGCUUCAUUCAUCCAUGUCAGAGACUAAUUUAUCCAACAUUGGUUUGUAUCAACCUUAUCAAGUUCCAGGAGGAGACAGUGCAAUGGAUCUAAGUACAAUGAAAAGCUCCUACAGCAUGAACUUCAGUGAUGGAAACUUCAUAGGUCAGGGAUUGCAGUAUGGUUCAUUUACUGACCUACGCCAGCCCACAGAUUUAUUUAAUAGUUCACUACCCAUUAGACGAUAUAGUUCAAUGUCCAAUAUAUACUCUGAUUAUAGAUAUUCUGCUAGAGAUCUGUCUAACUUUCAAGAGUCAAAUCUUGCUCAAUACAGUGCAACAACAGCUCGAGAAAUCAGCAGAAUGUGUGCUGCUCUUAACUCUAUGGACCAGUAUGGGGGGCGGCAUGCAAACAGCCCAGAUCUAAUGCAGUAUGGGCCUAGUUCAGUUGGUACAGGGCCAGGGAACAAUAUUUUAUCAAAUCAGCAAGGAGUUAGGCAAAACAUAAUGUAUGGGCCUCAUUUUUCAGAAACCCGUCAAGGCUUUGGAAACUUGGGACAGUAUAAUAUACCUGGCCCACGAUCUAUCAGACAGAUGUAUCCAGCUGCAGCUACUGUGAGAGCAGCAGAUGGCAUGAUUUAUUCAACUAUCAAUACACCCAUAGCUUCUACACUUCCUAUCACCACACAACCAGCUCCUGUUCUAAGACCAAUGAUCAGAGGUUUGUAUAGGCCAUAUGCCACUGGCAGCAUCACUGCUGUUCCUCUAGCAAGUCUUACUAGGGUGCCACUUGUCACUCCAAGGAUGCCGCUGGGUCCCCAGACAAUAUACCGUUAUCCAGCAGUGAAUAGAUUUCCACCUGCUUCUUCAGCAUCAACAUUUGAUACCCCUGUUUACUUGGGAAAACCUGCCAGCACUUUUUCAGCUAGUACAACAACAUGUACAGUUAGUUCAUCCACAGUAUCAUCUCUCCCACCUGCUUCAACAGUAGCUUCAGCUUCUGUGGUAACAUCUCAUAUAUGUUCAGAUACAACAACCACAGAUGCUUCUGCAGAGGUCCCAACUGUAUCCUCAGGAGUGCAGAGUUCUUCUAAGGAGAGUAAUCAGUCACAGCAAAAGACUGUAGCUGAGAACCAGUCAAUUGUGUUUAAAGCUGGACCUGAAAAAGAGGAGAAAGAAAAAGAAGAAGAAAGGCAGAGAAAACAGGAACACAUGCUACAGAUAGAAAGAGAAAGAGUAGAAUUAGAGGCACUGAGGCAACUCCGAUUACAUGAGGAACUAGAAAGGGAACGUUUAGAACUACAGCGCCAUAGAGAGAAGGAACAGAUGCUGGUUCAGAGAGAGCUCCAAGAGUUGCAGUCAAUAAAGCACCAAGUGCUUCAACAACAACAAGAAGAACGCCAAGCACAGUUUCACUUGCAGCGGGAGCAGCUAGCACAGCAAAGGUUGCAACUGGAGCAAAUUCAACAGCUGCAACAACAGCUUCAACAGCAACUGGAAGAACAGAAGAGACAAAAGACUUCCAUCCCUCCAGCUUGUGAUCAAACAGUGAGACUUCCACCCCAAACAGUAUCAGAAAUUGCCAUUGAAAUGCAAAGAACCCUUACUCAAAGUGGGCAGUACUGGCCACCUGUAAACCCGCCAUUCAUGGUGAUGGCUCCAACUGUACCAGAUGCUCAGGGGCAACCACGCUAUCCAGGACCUCAGAGGCCACUUACUAACUCUGCCUCAGAGAUGUCACUACAAACUGAUGAGCAGUGGGAAGUAAAUAGAACAAUAAAGAAAAGGAACUCAAUGCCACGUCUCAGGGAUGCCUACAACAUGGAUGACAACCACGAACCGCACAUUGUCAAGAAAAUAACAGAUAGCAGUGUACAGACUGAUGAUGAGGAUGGCGAAGAGAGGUUUUAUAUAUCACGUCGACGGCGAACAAAAAGAAGCACGGACUGCAGCGUUCAGACAGAUGAUGAAGACAAUGCAGAAUGGGAACAACCAACUCGCAGGCGUAGAUCCAGAUUUUCUCGACAUUCUGACUCCAGCUCUGACAGCAAGCAUGAUUCUAAAGGAACAUCGAGUAUUGCGAUUCAGACCAUUAGUGACUGCUCUGUCCAGACUGAACCAGACCAGUUGCAGAGAGUCUCACCAUCCAUUCAUAUAACCACUCCAGAUCCAAAAGUAGAAAUAGUAAAGUAUAUAUCAGCUCCAGAGAAGACUCGGAAAGGCGAAAGUCUUGCCUGCCAGACAGAACCAGAAACUCAGUCACAUGGCAUUGUGGUCCCCCAGCUCAGUGUCCCUACAACUAUAACCCCCUAUACCUCUAAUAUACAGACUGCAACUUCUGGACCACUGGAUAGUAGUAUGUCAAGACAACAAGGAGCCACCAAAUUUGAGAAGAAGAAGCCUGAUCCUCUGGAAAUUGGUUACCAGUCACAUUUACCAGCGGACACACUUUCUCAGCUAGUUAAUCGACAGCCCCCCAAGUCUCCUCAAGUACUAUAUUCACCAGUGUCACCACUUUCACCUCACAGAUUACUGGAGUCUACAUUUGCUUCUAGUGAAAGGCUGAACAAAGCCCAUGUUACCCCUCAAAAGCACUUUACAGCUGAAACUGCACAACGACAGCAGAUCCUACCCCGUCCAAUAAAAACCAUGCAGAGAUCUUUGUCGGACCCUAAACCCCUAAGUCCAACAUCUGAGGAGUCUGCCAAGGACAGGUUCUCUUUGUAUCAGCAUCAAUUACUGCAAGGUGGUCAGAUUACAGCUUUCCAGUCAAAUACUUUGACACGCAAAGUGAAGCGAACGCUGCCCAGCCCUCCUCCUGAUGAAGCUCACCUUCCACUGACCACCAGUCAGGCUCAUUCCCAAAUAUACAUGCCGAAUCUUACACAGAAGAUGACAGGAGGCCAAGCCAUACAGAUGCCAAAAGUCGGUUUUCUUAAAACCAUUGACCAUGAUCUGAAGAUUGUAGAGCAAGAAUCCACUAAACUGCGCAAACAGCAGGCUGAGCUGGAAGAGGAAGAAAAGGAGAUUGAUGCUAAACUGAAAUAUUUAGAACUUGGCAUUACUCAGAGGAAGGAGUCCCUUGUGAAAGAUAGAGGGGGAACUAGAGAUUUCUCUUACCUCAGAUCUCUAGGUGAAAAUAGGGAUUACAUGUCAGAUAGUGAACUCAACAACAUGCGAAUGAGUGGCUAUGACAGCAGCACUCUCUUAAACAGGACCAGCACUGCACCACAGUAUUCAGAAUUUCAGGCCACGCAACAGUUCCAAACUUCAACUUCCUCUUAUACAUCUGGCACCUAUCAGUACUCUACUGGCCAAACAGUGACCCCAGUUGCUGUCCCUGCCCAGCAGACCAGAUUUCAGCAGCCACAAUAUCCUGUGUCCAGCAAUGGCCCAUCACAAAACAACUUCCAAUCCCAGUUACCCAGUUAUCCUGCACAAAGCUCAUAUCAAACUCACAACAUUGCACCAACAACAGGUUAUCAGACAGACUUAGCUCUUCAGAAUCAUACAGGUUUCAGACCACCGAACCCUUAUCAAGCCCAAAGCACAUAUGCUAACCAGACUUCUUUACAAACCACUGUACAUGCAGGUUUUCCACCACAAACCGACAGUCAAAGCACUCAUCAGAAACCUAGGCAGACUUCACUUGCUGACCUAGAGCACAAAGUCCCUACAAAUUACGAGGUGAUUGGAAACCCCACAGUAGUCAUAUCAUCAGCAACUCCUGACACUGGCUUUAGUAACACAACUGUGGGCAGUAAUUAUGAGCAAUACAAGGCUACAGAGGUAAGACAAACAGAAAGGGGCAAUGGAGCAGAGAGCCCCACUAAUAGUUAUCCCUCAGACUCUCUUUAUACAAACCUUGAACAAAACAUUCCUCGAAACUAUGUAAUGAUUGAGGAUAUCAGUGAACUAACAAAAGAGAAUCCGCCAUCAUCAGAAAGUCAAAAAGUAGAACCUGCACCUCAGUCCCUGCAGCAGAAAAGUAAUGGACGGCACAUCCAAGAAAAAAAUGGCCACUUGGAAAGUGAUGUUUCAAGUAAGCCAUGCUGUUAUUCCAGAGCUGAGGAAGAGUCUGAAGAAGAUAUGUAUGAUCACCACAGUACAGAUUACAGAGGUAGAAGCAGCUACCAGCGAAGUAAUGACAAUAAUGGACGAGACUCUGCAAGUAGCUCCUAUUAUUAUGGAGACGAUUCUCGGCACUGUACACGAGUAGAGAAACAUGUCUCUAGUGUUGGAAUGCAAAAACAUUCCUCCAAAAAUCUUGCCCCCGCUGUGGUGUCAUCCAAAAGAAGUAAACACAGAAAACAAGGAAUGGAGCAGAAAAUCUCCAAGUUUUCUCCAAUUGAGGAAGCUAAAGAUGUAGAAUCUGACUUGGCAGCUUCAUACCCAGUGACGUCUUCAAUAAGCAAUAGCAGCAGCGUUUCCUCAAGAGCUAAGAAACUUCACGAUGAAAUUACGUAUGGCUUAAAGAAAAAUGUAUAUGAGCAACAAAAAUAUUACAGCAUUUCCAGUAGAGAUCUUGUAGAUGAGGAUGAUAGAAUUUAUGGUAGUGGAAGCCGCUCACGCUCAGCAUCCAGUUAUGGGAUGGAAAAAUCAUGUCGGGACUCAGGUAGUAGUAGAAGCAAAUCUUACGAACGAGAAAGUUCAGAUAGGUAUCACAAAUCAAGUUCCAAACCUUCAAGUCUUACAAUGAGUCAAAGCCGAGGGAGAACUCCAAUGAGGACACAGGCCUCAGAAGAAGAGAGUCCUGUAAGUCCUCUUGGGAAGUCUGUUGGUGGUUCUCGGUCAUCUAGUGGCUCCAUGCCUCAGUCUGCAGUGGACAGUUGUCCUCAAUUCUGUUCCAGCCACUCACUGCCUGACGUACAAGAACAUGCUAAAGAAGUGCCAAGAAAUCAUACCUAUAAACAAGAGGAAGCUUACAUGAUGGAUGAUUCCCACUGUGUAGUAUCAGACAGUGAAGCUUAUCAUUUGGGUCAGGAAGAAACUGAUUGGUUUGAUAAACCAAGAGAAGCUCGUUCUGAUCGAUCAAGGUAUUAUAGUAGUCACUCCUCCUCACAGAAGAAAAUGCCAGUCAAACACACAUAUCAUGAUUAUGAUGAACCACCUGAUGAAGAUAUGUGGCAACAUGAGGAAUAUUCUCGCCAUUCAUCAAAAGAACAUAGACUUCAUGGAGAUACUGGAAGACAUUCUUCUUCUUCCCGAUAUCUGGAUGAACAGUCUAGGCGACCAUCAAAACAGCACCCAAGAGAUCAAGGAAGACAUGACUCACGCUCACAUUCACAGUCAUCGUCAUCUUUGAAGAAGUCACAGCCAUCAGAUUCUAGAUCCCAAUCUGGCUAUCCACUGAGUUCUGAUUAUUCUCAACAGUCAAGGCAGUCAUCCAGUUAUCACCAUAGUUCAGAAACACAGAAGUCCCAAAGGCAGUCCCAGAUAACACAACAGCAAAAAGCUGACUCUCAUCACCAGGGAUCACAGCAAGCAAGGCAGUCACAGCCUGGCCAACAGCAGCAAGCAAGACAACAGCAGCCUCAGCAGCAAAGUUCCAGACAACAGCAGGCAUCUGGACCAUCACAGCAAGGGUCUCACCAGUCUUCGCAUCAGCCAGUGUCUCAUCAAACAACUUCACAUCAAGCAACUCAGCAGCAUCAACAAGGACCAAGUCAGCAAUCUAGAACACUUGUGCAGCAACAGCAGCCGCCACAACCACAAACGCAGCAAACAUCUGGGAGCCAGGUGCAGACUGCCCCUCGGCAACAACAACCGCAAUCUGGGCCUCAAGGACAGGCAGCAGUACGGACACAACAACAGCAGCCACAACAGAUAGUGAAACCACAGCAGAAUCUGCAACCUGCUCAGCAAUCUGCACAACCAAAAGUGGAACCAGUGGAUGUCUCCAAGACGACAGCAAAGCCUGCAGUUCAACCAGGAAGGGGUCCACAGACAUCAGUGCCAGGAGCUCCUGCAGGUGCAAAAAUUGGGCCAAAACCAAUAGCAACAGGAGCAGCCCCGGGACAGCCAGGCCCUGAAGGCGAAAGCAUGUUUUCCAAAAUUCUUACUGGAGGUGCAGCUGAACAAGCAGGCAAACUGACUGAUGCUGUGUCUGCUUUCGGCAAAAAGUUUUCCUCAUUUUGGUGAGCACGAUCAGAGGUGAAGAUCUAAAGGAAAAUAUGAAGAAACCAAAUAUAAAUAUCCUACCGCGCUGGACUCUGGGUAUAAAAUCUUUUGCAGGGGAUGUAAAUGCUGCUAAGGUGUUAAAAGAACUGACCAUGUGUCAAUGGAAACUUUACUGAAAAGUCUUGGUCGAUUACAUUGUUAAAUGACAAGACAGAAGAAUCUCCAUAGAGCAGAGAUAGGAGACGCCCAGUGCCAUUGUACAGUACUUUUCAGCCAGGGCAGGCGCCCUCUAUUCUCUAGAUCUUAGACUCAGAGUCCAGGAUUCUGCAUAUAUUAUUUCUUCAUUUAUCUUCUUGAGAUCUCCACUGAGGAGCAUUGAUUAUAGGGCUUGGAGUGACAAGCUCCACAUUCUAACAUCAUUCCAUCUCUGAGGCGUGGUAUCCUGUGCUCCCACUCUGUCAGGGGAGGGGACCAUUAAAUACCAAAUCCAAGAGGAGACGUGAGGACCGUUCACUGUUCACCUAUUGAAGCAUGAGGCCAUAGGACUAAGAGACAGUGUGCUGAUAAGCCGCCUCCUAGAAGAAUAUAUGGUGGCCAGGCAUAUCUGUCCCUGAUUAGUAAGCCAUCAAUGAGCCGUUCCAAUGGCGGUUUCCAAAUCUGUUGCGUUUCUUCUGUGUUGGUUUCAGCAGCCUUAACAUUUCAGUUUGGUUUUGUCAUAUACCUCAAUUUUAUUUUGCUUUUUUGUCUAUUAAUUGUGCUUCAUUAUUAUUGUUUUGUGAUCCGUUUCGCACAUUGGGUUCCUCUAUAAGCAAUAGAGAGCAGAUAAAGAGCACAAGAUGGCGGGAGCGUGUCCUCCUGUCUCUCUCUUCUAAAGACGAAUAAAACUGUGCACUUCAAGUCCUAAGCCAUCUCCAGUGGGCAUGCUCAGAGAGACGGUCUUCACAGUCACUGAGCGUCUUUCCCUCUGCCGCAUGCGCCCUUACGGAACAAUUCAUCCCCAUCCCGAACUGCUACAGUAUUGUAACGUUGCUCCUAUGUCCGCUUGCCGUGAAGCGAUCCCUGUCCUGUUGAGCAUGCUCAGAGCUGACACUGGUCUAUCCAUUGGCGCUUCCAUUCAUUCAAUGAUCAUGUCUAAUUGUCUAUGCAACAGGUCUUUUGGGGGGGGGGGGGGGGGAGUCAAUGCUGUGUCCAUAUUUAUCAGAAUUUCAAUGUUAUUAUGUAUAUGGGUUUAUUUGAAUCUGUGACCCUGGGUUGAUAUGUUUAUAUGUGUGUAUGAUGUUAGUGGCAUGUUUGACUCCAAUAAGGAUUUUGCCAAAGGCUAGUAGCCAUAUAGCCUGUACAAUUUGUGUCUUGCCCUGAUGCAUGGCUCGCUACUCUGUACUGUGCACGGUUUCAUCUCAUUUAUAAUGAUUGCAGAUUCUUGCUAGGAUGGACUUUGCCCCAAGUAUCUCCCCUCAUGUCUCUAGUUUAGAAUCCCCCCCCCCCCAAUCUGCCAAUGUGCGCACUUGUGAUAAACGGUGAUCAAAGAACAAAGACUAAUAAAUAAAAUGUCCAAAGUGCGUGUCGGCUGGACAGUCGCAGGAUGUAAAUAAUAAGCAAGUUCAACACUGGUUAGUUAAGAACGACACUGUACAUAUCUGGAGACCAUGUCACAGCCCAGCCACUGCAUUCACUAUAGGAAGCCCUGGUAAUAUUGGUAUUAGCAAGAGAAUGGUGCAGCGACAAGGAAUUAUCACCCCGGAGAAUACAGAACCAUGCUGGUAAUAGUAAAAAAAAGCACAGAGACAUCAUUCACAUCCUAUCAACCAGAGGAUUGAUCUCCAUGGAAGAAUCCAUUCCACCAACUGCCUAUGACAGGUGGAGGCCACCAAAGAAUGUAGAAUAUCACAUGGCAUUAGUAAGAACUUGGACAACGACACAUAGAAAUCUUGGUGUCACCCAACCACCUCAUACAUAAUCAUGGUCUCUGGGGUUUGUCCUGUGUACUAAGGAGCAUAGGUGAUAAGUGGGGAGAGUGCAGAAGCUUAGUAAUGAUCAGUUGGCAUAGUGGUGGGAGCAUUCUGCUGUCACCGUUGUUUCUGCAGGCUCCAACCACACUGGAUAAAUAUAUAUCUGUACAGUAUGUAAAUGAAUGUUCCUGUGUUAGAAAGCUAUAUAAAAAAAUUACUAGAAAAAGACAAAAAAAAUCCAAGAAUAUGAGCAGCUACUGCAGUGAGGCCACGCCCUCAAGUCCAUCGCCCAUGCUCACAAUUUUAUUUGUGUAUAAAAAGAGCUGAUAUUAUAUUCCUGAUGACAAAGAAGACGCAACAUCAUGGCCGACAGUGGCCUCCAAGGGACACCUAGGAAGGUCCUGUCUCCAGACCCGUUCAUGUCUCCCAGGAAGUAAUAACCCUCUGAAGUUACUCUCACUUUUGCUUUAUUUAUUUAUUAAUUUAUUAUUUUAUUUAUUUUAGUUAAUUAUUAUUUUUUAUUUUUUUUUGGGGGGGGGGGGAGUUGUUGGGGGGAGGGUGGUAAGAGAAAGAUGAGAAAGAUAAUGGGAAAGUUAUAUAUAUAAAAUAUGAAAUUCUAUUUAAAAGUAUAAAAUGAUGAAGUUUACAGUGGUGCAAAGUGCAAUGACCUGACCUGUAUAUGAAUGAUGUUUCUCCCUGUCUGGCUGUGCCCCAUAGUAUUCGCUGUGUCACAUCCUGUGUCGUACUCAGUAAUCGGUUGACCCCUUACAAGAUAUUUCUGUCACAGCAGAAUAAAAUGAACUUGAUAUGAA